AUUACAAACUCCACCAUGUCAACAAUGGAACGUGUAUGAAGCCCGUCGUUUGACCCUCAUCGUCUGCAAGAGACUUCCUCCUAGCAAUGGAAUGACGUCUGAGUUGACCAUAGGAACCGAACCAUGAAUAUUCAAUUAAACGAACCUCGUCUUAGAGCUACUCAACGGGUAACAGCAGACAUUGUGGUUCGUUAAUCACUCCAGUUUCAAUAGAUACACUAGUCGUCGAUCUUCCCUUGGAAGCCUACCUCGUGCGGAAUGCAAGCUUGUACCGAUACACAGCAAGUCAGUCAGUGUCCUUCGGAAAUGGAAACCCGGACCUUGAGGAGUGCGACAAUCGUUCGGUAACCCACACUGCACCCACGGUGGAAAAUGCAACACCAGCGUGGUCAAUCUUCAAAAGCAACAGAAGCCUCACGACAAAACGGACCAUUCCUGACACACAAACCGCCAUUCCCGAGGGCGCUCGUCGAUACUUGAUGACAGACUUGCUGUUGGGGAGUCUUUGAUAUGCUGCCAGCUUGCCAUACUCAAAUUCACGUUUCUGGUACAAGUGAUACAUCUCUUUUCAAUUAUUCGAUGGCUUGGCUCUGGUUCCUGGGCUGUGAAUUGCAUGGUGAUUCAUGGACAUCAAGAGCACUAUGAAGCGGCGAUCAUCAUCGAACCGUAGAAGCGGCAUUCUGGCAAAAAUUGUGCACACAUCCAACCAGGACACGCCGACAUGCGUCGAAAGCCUGUUCUGUCGAUCGCAACUCUGCCCUUCUGUUGUAGGCCAAGCUACUACGAGAAGUCGCACCAUCCGAUAACCUUAUGCCUGACUGCCCAUCCGCGCCUCAACUGGGCCUCGUGCGGAGAAGAAGAGGGCGACGUAUAAACAUGGCGUCCUAUUUCCGACCUCGAUGUCAUCCUUACCUCCACACGAACCCAUUACUUCUCUCUACCAUCUCUUCGUCCUUCUCCCAGUUUUGCAAAAACGAUGCGCAGAAACACUCUGAACCAAGCUCAAGUCCCGACUCCAGCGCCUGCUACAGCAAAGCGUAGAAAGGCUACAAGGACAGCGACGUCUAGUAGCUUUACUUUACCCUCGAUGCCAGCUAUUCCCACACUAAAUACUAGACCCGCCAUCCCAUCGCGUCCAUCCACACCUUCGGUCUCGACAUUACCUCUGAGGCCAGCAACACCAACAUUGCAGCCCAAGACCGUCGUAGUCGAAGAGCCCAAAGUGACCAUCGCCGUCAUGGGAGCUACCGGCAGCGGGAAAACGACUUUCAUCAAUCACGCCGGGAAACUUGACCUCCCAGUCGGCCAUGGCAUCCAGUCUUGUACGAAGACUGUGCAAGCCGCGACGCCUUUCAGAUUUGAGGGAUAUCAAGUAACCCUUAUCGACACUCCUGGUUUCGACGACGAUACCAUCACUGAUGUCGAUGUCCUCAAAAUGGUCGCCGCUUUCUUAUCAGAUGGCUACAAAAACAAGAAACCUCUGUCGGGCGUCAUCUUUCUUCAUCGUAUCUCGGAUAGACGUGUUGGCGGCGUAUCCAGAAGAAACAUCAAGAUGUUCAAAGAGCUCUGCGGUGAAGACACGCUGAAAAAUGUUGUUCUUGCUACUACGAUGUGGGAAUAUGUGGACAAAGAGACUGGUGAAGCACGAGAAACCGAACUCAGGAGUGAAGAAAUCUUCUUUAAACCGGUCAUUGACAAGGGCGCGCGUCUUGUUCGUCGUCAGAAUACGGAGGUGUCUGCACAGAAUAUCCUUCGUUCGUUGAUCGGGAAUAAGCCGCUCCCGUUGCAGAUCCAGACGGAGAUGGUUGACCAAAAGAAGGAUCUUUUGCAGACUGCUGCGGGAGGAGAGCUGAGGCGCGAUACGGAGGAGCAGAUGAGGACAGACGAACUUGAGGCUCGGGAAUUCAUGGAAAAAAUAAAAGGGGCCGUGUCCGUUUGUGAACAGGAAACACGCGAGGAAGUGUUGAAGGAACAAGACCAGAUGCAGGAGGACGUUCGUCGAGCUGAGGAGGAGGCGCUUCAUCAGGAGGAGAAGUACAAUUUGGAGAAGGAAGAACUCGAAAUGAGUCUAGCCCAAGUGCAGGAGGCAGUUGUCAAUGACUCUGAAAAGCAGAAAAGGGAGAUUCUUACCCUCCAAGAACGCUUGAAGACAGCUUGCAAUGCGUCGGCGGCCGAACGAGAUAAGCUCCAGAAACAGGUCGUGUUGGCCAAUCGCCAGGUUCAAGAAAAGCACCCUCAACAAUCUACGGGAUAUUUUACUUCCUAUGGCGCCUCUAUCGAUGGUUUCCUCGGUAACCGACGUGGAUUGUGGUGGUAAAGUAGCG